AUGAAUCGAGUUACUGUUCCACAGUGUAAUAUUAUAAAGGUGUCUUGUGCUCUACGGAGUUUUGCAAGUCGGACUGAAGUGAAUAAAAAGAAUACAACAGGAUACACUUUCCAUAGAUUCCCUAAAAACGCUGACCGUUGGCAACUUUGGGUGAAAUUUGUUAAUAGGGGUGAAUGGACACCUACAAGAUCUAUUGUUAAUUGCUCGAAACAUUUUUUUAAUGAGUCAUUCGAUAGAACAUUAAAAUGUUAUAUUAAUAUAUAAAAACCAGGUAGGUAUGUUAAUAAAAUCAU